AUGCAGAACCUGCAGAUGCACCUGCAGAAUCAGCGGCUGCACAACCAGCAGCAGCUGCAGCACGUGCACCAGCAGCUUCAGCAACUCUUGGCGCGUCCGCUGGAUUGCGCAGACGGCGCCGCGGCUCCUGGCGAGGCCGGCGAGGGCGAGGGCGGCGCGGGGCCAGGCGGGCGACAGGGGACGCCCGAGGCGCAGAAGCACAUGGAGCAGAUGCAGCAGCUGCGCAACCUGCAAGUUCAGCAACUCCAGCUGCAGAUUCAGCAGCUCUAUUUAGAGCAGAGGAAAAUCCAAGACCAGCAGCACCAGCUCGCUGUCCAGAUGUCGUCGAUGCCGCCACAGACGGCUCCCGGGGCAGCCUCAGCCAGCGGGCCGGCGCCGUCGUUCUUCUACCAGCAGCAGCAGACGCCGAACGUCGGCCCUGCGUCGCAGGCGCCGGCUUCGAUGGGGGCGGCUGUCCAGCAGCCGCAAAUGGCGCCGGCGGCGGCGGGCGCCGCCCCCUUUGGGUCGAACGUGAUGCAGGGCGGUCGGUAUCCGCAGAGUCCGCACUUGGGCAUGCCUUCGUCGUUCGGCUCCACCUCGGCGGCUGCGGGCAUGCACGCCGCUCCCGAAGCACCCGGCGGCGCCGCAGGGGCCGAGGGCGCCCAGGUGGCGUCUCCAGUCUUGUUGGGGACUGCGGGGCCGGGAGGUCUGUCGCCGUCGACGCCUGCCGUAGGCAUGCUGAACGCCGCGAACGCGAAGGCCCCGGCGGGCCUCCUGGCGCCGUCGGCCGGGCCGUCGGCUCCCGGGGACGGAGCCGCCGGUGCGGCGAUGGGUGGGGUGGGCGAGGAGGAAGCUCGGGCCUUGGGCGCCAGCCCUGACGGGUCUGCGUUCUCACCGUUCGCACUGCACCAGCAGGCGCUGCUGCAGCAGAGACAGCAGUUCCUGCAGCAAAACAUGGCUGCCGGUGUGCAGCAGGCCAUCCAUGCGAUGCCGCAGAGUGGAGGCGCCCUCGACGCACUCGCAGGCGUGGCUGGGGGCGCCGGAACCCAAGGCGCGAGCCCCGCCUCGUUUGCAACGCCCUUCGCGCCUCCAGACAAUGAACGCGAAAGGCUGCAGCAGCAGCACAUGGGAGUCUCCAUGCAGAGACAGAGACUGCAGUGA